CACACGAGUGUGUAAUCACAUACAGCCUUUCACGGUUAGUUACAGACGAACGCCAAUUUUGUUUCAUUUCCGAUCGCGAGUUGGGAUAGUGGACGCUCAUUGCAUCUGCAACUCGGAGAUGGCUUCCCUGAUUGCCCGCAAAUCCGUCUAUGCUCUUCGGGUUCGUCAGCUCGCUUUGGCAAUUCCAGCCCUGCAAGGCCCUGCCCGUGUUGCGACGAUAAACACCGAACGCACAUUUGCCACAAAACAAUCAUUCUCUACUGACAAAGAUGACCAAGAAAGACAGCAGCUAGCAAAGGAGAUAUCAAAAGAUUGGAGUUCUGUUUUUGAGCGGAGCGUAAAUACUUUAUUUCUCACUGAAAUGGUUCGUGGCAUGAUGCUGACGCUCAAAUACUUCUUUGACCCAAAAGUUACUAUUAACUAUCCUUUUGAGAAGGGUCCUCUGAGUCCACGCUUCCGUGGAGAACAUGCACUCCGACGUUAUCCAACUGGGGAGGAACGCUGCAUUGCUUGUAAACUGUGUGAAGCUAUUUGUCCUGCUCAAGCAAUUACCAUUGAAGCUGAGGAGCGAGAAGAUGGGAGCAGACGGACAACCAGGUAUGAUAUAGACAUGACCAAGUGCAUUUAUUGUGGUUUUUGCCAAGAAGCAUGCCCGGUUGAUGCCAUUGUUGAAGGGCCAAAUUUUGAAUUUGCCACUGAAACUCAUGAGGAACUUCUGUAUGACAAGGAAAAGCUACUAGAAAAUGGUGACAGGUGGGAAACUGAGAUUGCUGAGAAUCUCCGAUCUGAAAGCCUAUAUCGUUGAGUAGCAGGCAUUCUUCGCAUCUGCAGAAUAUGGACUUGGAUCUCUAUACUUUGGAACAGUGAGAUAAAGGAAUCCUUUCCUCUCAAGCACCUUUUGCAUUCAAUUUCUUGAUUCUUUAGCUUUUUCACAACAAUAUAGGAUGAGAAGGCUAGAAGAUGAAUAUUCAUAGUUGCUGCAUUCUUAACAUGCAGUGCAACUGAAAUUUUGCUUAAGAAGACACCAUUGCUAUUUGCGGGCAGCUAAAGAAAGCUUUUUGCUCAAAAGCUGGCUGACUAUGCUUUACAUGCUGAAUUAACCAGUCGAAGCUGUAAUUAUGUGCUCUUUGCUGGCAUGGCUUGACGAUGAAGCUCAUAUUGACCACUUAAUUCAGUCUUGUAUUCCACUAUUAGAUUCUGCUCUCCUUAUAUGCGUACUACCGUGACAGUAGCUGCUUGUCCAAGUGAUGGCUAGCAAAACUUGAAAACACAACUCAAGCAACACUUCCCUUAUGCAAGUACCAUUAAUCUAUCCAGGCGCGCAGCCACGCCCCAGCAGCUAUUAGCCCAUCAUCUUUUUAAAUAAUUGUUAGUCCAUCAACUUGACAGGGCUUGACUUUGGA